UUUAAUCAAGCGCUGAACGUGUAGCAAACUGCUAGAAAAAAUAGAAUAGAAAUAAUUGCCAAGCCAUGCAAAUGUGGAGUGGAUUCCUGGUAGCCAUAUGCCUUUGGCUCUCUGUGAUGGAGAGCCAGGCUUUGCUGGAUCACGAGGGUGAGACCAUCAACAAGUGCAUUCAGAGCUACGGAGGAUUGACUCCAGAGCUUGGUGAACGAUUGGAACGUUUCAAGGAAUGGUCAGAGAGCUAUGAAGAGAUUCCCUGCUUUACACAGUGCUAUCUCAGUGAUAUGUUUGAUUUCUACAAUAAUCAGACAGGAUUUGAUAGUGCUGGUGUCGAAAGGGUCUUUGGAGCUCCCAUUUAUGCGGCUUGCCAACAGAAGUUGGAGCUGCCAGAGGGAUCUGGCCAGAGUAGCUGUUCGCAUGCCUAUGCGGGAUUUCAUUGUCUGACCAAAAUGGAGGGUCAUCCCUUUAUGGUGAUCGAAAGCAUGCCAAACUUAACCAAGGCGGCCAAGGAUGCCAUGAAGGAUUGCCUGCAGGUGGUAGACCAGGAUGAGUGGAGCAGUUUCAGUGCCUUCUCUGGCUUCCCUGUCAUUGAGCCAAUUCCGUGUUACACACGCUGUUUCCUGGACAAAUUGGGUGUAUUUGAUCAGAAGCUACGCCGCUGGCGCAUUCCGGCCAUGCAACAAAAACUGGGCGUUCCAGCCAAGGGAGCUCACUAUGGCGCCUGCCACCAGCGCAGGGGUCGCAAUCCAUGUGCCACAUACUACCAACAGUUCACCUGCUACGUCUUGGCCGUUUGAGUAAGAAGAGAAAUAUAUAUACAAGAAAUUUGAAUAAAGAAUGUCUAUGUAAACUUAA